AUGAAUCGAACAAGAAUAGUUGAUCAUAAGUUGGUUAUUAUCUUCAUUAACAGAGUCAACUGUAAGACGUCCAAAGAGAAAAUUAAAAGUUUAUCUGAUGCAUUAGCUGCCUCUGGAUACUUCCUAACUAAUGUUGAUCAAAUUCAUUAUCUUCUUCGUGGUUUACCUAUUGAAUAUGAUAUCUUUGUGCUCUCUGUGACUACUAGACUAGAUAGUUUAUCUUCACAAUCUGUGUUGGACUCUCCCUCUGCUAAUUUGGCCAAUAAGAAGAAAAACUUCAAUCACAAUCAAUCAUCUUCUUAUAAGCCUCAACAAUUCAAUAAUGAUGGUGGUUCUGACAAUUCCAAGAAAACUUCCUACAAUAAUAAUAAUCGAAGUAGAUCCAAUUCCAAGAACACCACAGUAGUUUGCCAACUUUAUGGGUAUCUUGGCCAUAUAACAGCUACUUGUCGUCGUUAUCUGGAACUUACUACCAAUAAAAAUACCAAGCAAGCUCAUACAGCAUCAUCUUCGCGUUCAGCUCAUGAUGAUAAUUGGUACCCUGAUCUCGGAGCAACCAAUCAUAUGACUUCAGAUCUUGGGAACCUCUCUCUUCAUGAUGAGUAUCAUGGAACAUAUCACAUCACAGUCAGACAUGGUACAGGUCUAGACAUAUCUCAUAUUGGUUCUUCUGUUUUGAAUACUAAUUCUGGGUCCAUUAUUUUGAAUAAUAUUCUCAGAGUUCCUAAUAUCUCUAAGAACUUACUCUCUAUCAGCUAG